AUGAGUAUUCUGAAACCUACCCAUGACAUCGCGUCGUCUCAAAAUGACGAAGUAAAUACCAUUUCAGCUGACUUAAUAAUAAGCAGUCUCACCAACCAGGACAACAGAGGUAACAUAUGCGCAGUAGAGACAGAAGUAGAAGAAGAAGAAGAGUACGAAGAAGAAGAUGACAAUAACAUAUAUAUCAAUGAAGAAACUGAGAGCGGUAAGGAACAAGUUCACGUAUCUCAUGCUCCAGAAGAACGUAUAGUCCCACCAUUGAAUUUUUGUCCUGUUGAAAGAUUUUUAUAUAGAUCGGGACAACCAUCACCUGUUAAUUUCCCCUUCCUUUUGAAUUUGAAUUUGAAAACUAUAAUAUGGCUCGCUAAUGAAGAACCUCAAGAUACGUUGUUAGAGUUUUGUGAUGCUCAUGAGAUUGAGUUGCAGUUUGCUGCUAUUAAUCCGGAUGGUGGAGAGGAUGAUAAUCCAUGGGAUGGAUUAACUGAACAUUCUAUAAUAAAUGCUUUACAAACUAUAGUGAAUCAAGAUAAUUAUCCGUUAUUGGUUUGUUGCGGUAUGGGGAGACAUAGGACGGGGACUGUUAUUGGAUGUCUCAGAAGGAUAAUGGGAUGGAAUUUGGCAAGCGUCUCGGAGGAAUAUAGAAGGUUUACAGGUAGUAGAGGUGGGAGAAUCCUUGUCGAGUUGUUAAUAGAGGCAUUUGACACAAAAUUGGUAAGAAUUGAGCGAAAUACAGCACCAAGUUGGUUAUUGAAGGCAUUGAAAUAA